UGUUCGUUUCUUUCCUCGAUUUACCUAUAUGUCGAUACCCUGAGGCCGAUUUUGUAUAUCGUUCCGAACAGAAGGACAAACUUGCUGCAAGUGUAACAGAGAUAGAUAAAGCAUGUCGGAGGGAAAAUAGGUGGCAACCUAUGUAUGGCCUGUGGCCCGUUCUCGCGAAGGGUAGCUUAACUUGGAGUGUUACAAUAAAUCAAAGACGCACUUUUGCGCAGCUCCACCCUCGUAACUUUUGCAGAAUACCAUCCCAUAGAGAACACGACUAUCCCAUAGCAGAGCCGACUGUCCUGUUUCAUUGUGUCUAAAGUACCUUCUCGCCGGUUCCAUUUCAUCGGACGUAUAAACAAUUUAUCGUUGCUUCCUGUCACGCGUCCAUGGCACUCGGAUUCGAUAUCGAACGUUGAGAGAAACAAUACGAAGAGAAUUAUCGCGCGAGAUAUUAUAAUAAACCUCUGACGUUUCUAGAUUUUCUAAUUGCGUUGUUUAACGCGAGGUAUCGUAGCUUCCAUGUCUCCGAAUUUCCGAUUUCUUAACGUUUCGCACGUUUCAAAUUUUUUUCAGAGUUUAGAUUUCUUCUAUGUUUUAGAGUUUCGAAGAAUCGAAAUUUCAGAGCUUCGGAGUCUCGCGAUCCUUCGUCGUUUCGAAUAUAUGAAAUUUUCUUGCGAUGAUCUUGAUCUAGUCCUUUCAUCGGUCUACCUUUGUUUAUGAAUGUCAGAGUUUAUGAUUUUGGACGUAAUUUGAAGAGACAAUUUUGUACGGAAGUAUCUUUUGCGGAUUUUCUAUUUGAACGUUUUACUAGCGUACUUCUGGUCUUGGGUAUUGCAGUUCAAAUACAAAUGAUAAUCUCCAUAAUUUUAGCUAUAAUUAUUUAUUUGGGGAUGUUUCUUUAUGUUUUGUCAUUCAUAUAUAUUUAUGUUGUUUUUAUUAUUUAGAUGUCGUACUUUUAUAAAGUAGUUAAACUUACUUUAACUAUAUCUAAUUUAUUUUAUAAUUUACUUUAGUAUAUAUUAUACCAUUUAGACAACCAAAAAUUUGUCUAGAUUACAAUUUCGUCCAGCACAUAUGUUUUUAUUAUACAUAUUAUACAUAUUAUACAUUUUAUUAUACAUUUAUAAGGACUACAACAAUUUCGAUCAAGUUAUUUAAUUUUACGUUCUGAUACAUUUUACGUAUGUCCUUCUCAUGUAUCUUAUUCAUAAAAAUUAUUAAUUAUUUCUAUCCAUUCCCGUUCGGUGAACCCGAAAUCACAGUCAAAUAUUAAAAAAGUAUAUAGCAAUCUUUCUUUUACAUCGUAUUAUCACGAAAGGAUUCUCAUGUCUCUUGUACUCUACAAUUAUUCAUCGAUAGGUGAUAGGUAUCGUCAAAAGAAAUUUACUGAAAAUUUGGAAAUUUCUUUUGCAUUCGAUAACUCUCAUAUAAAAUUUCACUUUCGAAAUCUCGAUAAUGAAACAAUUUUAAUAUAAUCCUCCCGAUCGAAUAAUGUAAAGUUACAUACGUUAAUUUAAAUCAACAGUCAUGAUCGAUCAAAAACAAAGCAAUCCGCGACGAAAUAGAUGACACGUCUAACGAAUAAAACUAAAGGUACGAGGCACAUAGGUAAAGAUAGGCGUCGAGUAUGCAGAGCUGCGAAUCGACGGUGCAAUUCCUGUUGAUCCGCCGAACUUGAUUUCUGUUUCUUUCUCUAUCUCCUCGUCCUUUCGAUCGGUUGAUUUUGUCAAAAGGGCAAGAGUCCGUGGCCGUGGCGACCGAUUAAUUUCCGACAAAAGGGGCUGCGUAUCUCAUAGCCCUCGAUCGGCCCCUCUAAAGCCUACCUUCGCCCUUAGUGGAGAAGCGUGUGUCCCUUUCUCCCUCACCCUUGUGAGUGGGGCAAGUUACCUUUUAUAAUGAAACCAUCCAAUCCGGAGUGGAGGGUGGGCACACGACGUUGCUAUAUUACCGUGGGGUGAACGCUGUCAGAUCUAACAGUCGUCCUUGGGAUACCGCGCUUCGAAAGUGCAAGUUGCAAGAAGUUGUUGGAUAAAUAUUGACGACUUCUCCAAUGAUGAAACUUGAGCAUCGUCAAGACGUUACGUAAAAUCACAUACCAUCGAAGAAGCAUUGUUACUGCGGAGAUCGAAGAACUUUUCAUCGAAGGCUACUUUCAAAUUCACUAACAUGUGCGACGAACUCAGCGCAAGAUUGUUCCGGCCCUGGAGCAACUUAGAUACGCGGGAUCACUCGAAACAGAUCGAGGUACCAGUUGGUCGUAGUGAUAGCCGUGACAUCGUUGUUGCUUGUGAUGAAAAAGGAGAACCAGGGUGUUACAACAUCCUUAUGAUCCGUGGUAAAGCGAUCGAAGCCAGUUCCUCGGAAGUCGGAGUUUCUUCUUUUAACUUGCCCGAAAACACUGGCGGUUCCGAACCUAGUGAAGAAAAACUGAUAUCGAAGGUUAUUCGUCCGCUAAACGAUCAUUCGUUGCACACAGCGGAUCGUAUAAAAAUGCCGUUGGUCCAAGACAUAGUAGAUCCUGUUUUCCAUCCAAUGUACAGUUGGAAUUCGUAUCGCAAAUUUAAUUUACCGCACUCCACUUCGUUCGAUGCUCUGAUGAUGGAUAGCUGUUUGCCGACUCAGAUGGGAAUAGCCUUUCCACCUUGGAUAGACAUUAGAAGAACGCAGUUUCUCAGUGCGCUUCAACCUUCGUACGAUGUUCGAGGCAAUCUUCAUGCAGAGACUAUGGACCGUGCCGUUCAGAUCUUGCAGCGAGAAGCGAAGGAACCGAAAAAAUUGCGUUCCAAAAGGUUUAGAUGUGAACGCUGUAACGUCGCUUUUAGCAAUAACGGACAGCUCAAGGGACACAUUAGAAUACAUACCGGGGAAAGGCCAUUUAAGUGUGACGUUGAAAAUUGUGGUAAAGCAUUUACAAGAAACGAGGAGCUAACAAGACACAAGAGAAUUCAUACCGGACUUCGACCGCACGCCUGUCUCGUUUGCGGAAAAAGUUUCGGAAGAAAGGAUCAUCUGAAGAAACACAUGAGGACACAUGAAAAUCGAGAUUACAGAUUAUCGGCGGCUACAUUGGGAAUGUUUACACCGGGCCACAUAUUAUCGUCUCAAGGACUUUUAUUUCCACAUUACAAUUUUCCAACAUGACAUAUUUAUUCCUAACGAUUACUUUAAUUAUUAUAAAGCAUAAAUAUAAUGUAUAUAAUGUAUAGAUGUUAUAUGG